UAACCUUUCCAAUUCUCCACCAACAACAAUAAUCUUUCUCAGCUUUUAAGUUUUUAUUUCUCUUUCUUUCAAGUUGCAAGAAACCCUUUUCUUGAAUUGUUCUUUAAUGAAACAGGAAACAAGUAGCACCAUGGUUGCAGAGCGGAAAGGUCUUAGACGACGUCCAAAGUUUGGUGCUCUCUUGCACUCUGAUGACCCUGCAAGCUUCUCCAACCAAGAAGAUGAUUACUCUAACCAGAAGACUAGCCAUAGUCCAGCCUCUCCUGCAAGCCCUAGAUAUUCUAAUAGCAGCGCACCCACAAGCGGUGAGGCCUCUCCUUAUCCGAUGUCUCCCUGGAGCCAGCCGUCUCCUUAUUCUAAAUCUCCUUGGAUAAUCCCAUCUCCAGUAAUCAACCAUAAUCUCAGUAGCAAUGGUCUUGUUGGAUCCAUUGUACGCGAAGAAGGUCAUGUUUAUUCUUUAGCUGCUUCUGGCGACUUGUUAUAUACUGGUUCAGACAGCAAGAACAUACGCGUAUGGAAGAAUUUGAAGGAGUUCUCUGGGUUCAAAUCGAACAGUGGCUUAGUUAAGGCCAUUGUUAUAUCUGGGGACAAGAUUUUCACUGGUCAUCAAGAUGGGAAGAUCAGAAUAUGGAAGACAUUUCCCAAAAACCCUAGUGUCCACAAGAGAAUUGGAAGUUUACCUACUUUUAAAGAAUCCAUAAAAAAAUCCAUCAACCCAAAUAAUUACGUAGAAGUUCGUAGACACCGCAAUGUUCUACGCAUCAAGCAUUACGACGCAGUAUCCUGCCUGAGUUUGAACGCAGAGCAAGGUUUACUAUACUCAGGAUCCUGGGAUAAAACCGUGAAAGUAUGGCGGAUUUCAGACUACAAGUGUCUGGAAUCAAUCGACGCACACGACGACGCUAUAAAUUCAGUGGUGGCGGGUUUCGAUUCAUUGGUAUUUACAGGGUCGGCGGAUGGAACGGUGAAGGUGUGGAGGAGGGAGCUUGUAGGAAAAGGAACGAAGCAUUUCUUGGUUCAAACACUGUUAAAACAAGAAAACGCGGUGACCGCCGUGGCAGUAAAUCAAGAAUCCGCCGUGAUUUACUGUGGGUCCUCCGACGGGUUAGUGAAUUUUUGGGAACGCGAAAAGCACCUGUCACAUGGUGGGGUCCUCCGCGGCCAUAAAAUGGCGGUCCUGUGUUUGGCAACCGCAGGGAAUUUGGUGUUGAGUGGCUCCGCGGAUAAAAGCAUAUGUGUAUGGAGGAGAGAGCCAGGUGGGGUCCACAUAUGCUUGUCGGUUUUGACAGGUCAUGGUGGGCCAGUAAAGUGCCUAACCGUCGAAGAGGAUCAAGAUUCCAACAAAGGAGAUCAACGGUGGACAAUAUACAGCGGAAGCUUAGACAAGUCCGUUAGAGUCUGGCGCGUGUCAGAGGACGCUCCAGAGCUAAGGGAGUACCAUAGUAGCAGUACCAGUAAUUACCAAUCAGCCAGGCUAAGCAACGCCUCACCGCCCAAAAACAAAAGUCGGUACCAACGUUAAUCGCGAGAGAAUGGACGUGGAAAUGGAGCCGUAGUGUCCAAUUUUUUUUUUUUUUUUUUUUCUUGUGGGCGUGAAUCAAUAUUGGCAAGUGUACAAAUUUUUUAACAAUUGUGAUUUUAGCAACUCUCAUUCCAUGGGAUGUUAUUUACUUAGGUAGAUAUAUAUAAUAUUUGAAGAUAUGCCAAGAUCUGACGUUGCAUGUUCUGGGUAACGUUAAUUCGCGUUGAAAAAUUGUUGCAAACACAAAGAAAAGAUGAUGUGAUUGAUACUA